AUGCGGUCCUCCAAACCGGCCCUCUUCGCCGCCGCAGCCACCCUCCUCGCCACGUUCGCCCGUGCUCUCGAUCCCGCACCGCUCUCCCUUCAGCAAGGCGACUGGCUGGGCAUCGACGGGAAUUGGUCGACCGUUCUGUUCCUGCUGGGCUCCAACUCAGAUGUCGUCAACGUCCUGCCGAGCACAGGUCUGUCCGAAUUUUGGACCAUAGGACCGGGAGGAUGCUCCGGUAAAGACCCUACGUGCAACACUGCCCGUGGAGGCAUCCACGACCCUCUGACAUCGAAGCACUGGUCGAGCAUGGGGCCAUGGGAGCUGGGGCUCGGCUACGUGGGUGUCAAGGGCAACGGCCAGUACGGCCUUGACACCCUGAACGGCCUCAGUCCCGCCACUGAUAUCGGCUUCGGCAUGUCCAACGUCCUCUUGUCCGUCAUCAACGUCACCGAUCCUUUCCUCGGCAUGUUUGGGCUAGGCAUCCAGACGGGGCGAUUCAGCAACAGCGUCGUGGAUUCUCCCCUGACCCAAGCCGUCAAGGCCUUUGGUUGGAUUCCCAGCUAUAGCUAUGCUUACACGGCUGGCGCUCACUACCGCGGUGCUCCUGUAUCGGCAACUCUUGGCGGCUAUGACACGACCCGCUUUGUCUCGCAUGCCAACAACUUCACCCUCAACUUGGCCGAAGGCAUCCCCCGUCCUCUAGUUCGAGGAAUCCAGAUCGCCGCCAAAACCGUUCAGGACAAGCCUGCGCAAUGGACCUCGUUGACCCAGAUACUGUCUGAUUGGAACACCACUUUCCUCCCUCUCAUCGACAGCUCCACGCCUUACCUCUGGCUACCCGAGCCCAUCUGCGACCGCUUUGCUCGGGCCCUGAACCUGACCUACAACAGCACCUUUGAGCUCUACACGCUCUCCAAUACCCAGUACCGUGACUUCACCUCUCAGGACGCCCUCACCUUCACAUUUACCUUCACGAGCUACGACAACCACAACGACUUCGGCCUGCCUCUCUCGGUUCCCGGCGCCGUCAACAUCACCCUUCCCCUGAAGGCCUUCGUCGGCCUGCUAGAGUACCCUUUCCAAGGCGGCGCCAUCAAGUAUGGCGCCCCUGCUGUGCCGUACUUCACGCUGAAGAAGGCGCCGGGCAACGAAACCAUCAUUGGGCGUUCCUUCCUGCAGGAGGCCUAUCUCAUCACCAGAUAUGAUGAAGCUUCGUUCUCCAUACACCAAGCCCGGUAUCCUUCCAUGGACGCAAACCCCAAUCUUGUACCGAUCAGGCAGCCGAGCAAUAGCCCCUUUGACCCGCCACCGAAGCCCUUCAAUGGUGCCGUUCUCAGCACCGCCCAGAUGGUCGGCGUUGUCCUGGGAGCCGUCUUUCUAUGCCUCGCCAUCUUCCUCUCCUUGUGUUAUUGCUGCUGCUACCGGAAGAGAGGCCCUCGGCAGACAAAGGACACGGUCGAGGUUGACGAUCAGAAGGACUCGACGUCGACCAUUGUACCCGAUUCACCUCGAACGCCAGUCUCGAGGCUUCUCUCCAAGAUUGGAAGGCGUAGGCGGUCAAGAAGAAUCGCGACCGGUGCAGGCGAUGCCAUCCAGAUGCCGUAUGAAGCGCCAGACUGCCAGAUUUACGAGCUACCUGCCUCACCCCUGCCGGCCGAGCUGGACGCCUGCGGAGGCGAUGACAUGUCGUUUCUCGGAAAGACGGAGCUGGGCACGGACUAUUCUUACUAUCUCAGCGCCUACCAGCUGGCGAAGAGGGAGAUGGACCGGCAAUUGCAGGGCCCCGUGCCCGCAUACUCCCCCCCCGCGGAUGGCAUGGCUCUACCCAGCGAAAAGCCUGUGCCCGAUAUCAGCCCAGACCAGAUGAUGCUGCCGAUGGAUGAGCCGUCACCAGUCUCACCAACAAGGUCACGCGGCGCCGAGUCCGCGUCCAACACCUUUGCCAGCGCGUCCGAACCAUCCCCCAUAUCUCCGCGCUUGGAGUGGAACACUGUUGAAUUGCCAUCACCAGCCACGGCCUCGCUUCCUCACCGUCGGUCGCUUUCGGUUGGCACUGGAGUUGGGAGCGUGCACAUAAACCCGCAGCUCGUUGGAACCGAUUGGUCGCAUUCAACGCAGUCGACGGCAUCGGUAUCGGCCAUGGGUGAGUCCGCAUCCCUCUCGGCUACCUCCCAGAGGACGCCGAUCGGCCCGUCAAACGUUAUUUGCCUCGGCCCCUUGCCGGAUUAUGUCCAGCUUCGACGGCACAGCAUCAUGCCUCACAUGGCUGGCUCAGAUGAGCGAGGCAUCUUGGCCAACAUGUUCAACGCCGCGUCGAUACCUUCGGAGGGCAGUCUUGGCAGCAACUACACCGAGGAAGAGGAUCGGAUCUUUGAAGAAAUGACCCGACAGGCCAGCCACUCGCAGGGCCAAUCGACGAGCGUCGCGAACGAAGGCUCAUCGUCUGGCUGGAACAGGGAAGCCCUAGAACCGCAGCCCUCGCACGCCGAGCAGCAGUUGGAGCAACAUUCAAGAAACGAAUCUGGAUCCGAGCGCGGCCGGAUCGACCCGGGCAGAGACCUCGUUCAUGUCCCUCAAAUGGCGGCAAAGCGAUACAGCUGGGAGGAAGAGUGA